AUGGCGUCCUCUGAUACAAAAUAUCCUCUUGAUCAAACUGUGGCCUUUGGCCUUCACAUAGGUCUUCCUAGUAGUCCAACUACUAGCACCACUACUGUUGAUCUGAUCUCUAGGGUAUCUCCUUCCUGUUUUACCAUGAGUAACAGCACUAGUAGUGGUAAUAGCCAUGAGUUCAUGAACACAACUAAGCAGCAGCAGCAAUUAGGUGGAGUAACAGUGGCAGCAACUGGCUAUCCCACUACCGCUACCACUACUACUAAUACCGAUACUAAUUGUGUUAGUGGUUGUAGAAUCAACAAGGGGGAGUACUGGAUCCCUUCCCCAUCGCAGAUUCUCAUUGGUCCUACACAAUUUUCAUGUCCUGUUUGCUGCAAGACCUUCAACAGAUGCAACAACAUACAGGUUUCACAUCAAAAGCCUACCAAAACCUUGAAAGAAAUCACAACUGAACUCUGUCCGGUAGCUUAA